CAUCACAUCAAAGUGUAUCAUUUCCGCUUCCAGUCGAGUCUUUUGGAUUUUCGACUCCUUUUCUAUUGCAAGUAUAAAACAUGGACAAUCGUUCUAUCUCGAAGAAGAGAAAGUUUGUAGGAGACGGAGUUUUCAAAGCUGAAUUAAACGAGUUUCUAACUCGCGAACUUUCAGAAGAUGGAUAUUCAGGAGUAGAAGUACGCGUUACUCCUCACCGCACAGAAAUUAUUUUACUGGCUACUCAUACACAAAGUGUUCUUGGGGAAAAGGGUCGUAGAAUCCGAGAAUUGACAUCUGUUGUACAAAAACGAUUUCAUUUUAAAGAAACACAAAAUAUUGAAUUAUAUGCCGAGAAAGUUGCAACAAGAGGUCUUUGUGCUAUUGCUCAAGCAGAAUCUUUACGUUUCAAAUUAAUUGGAGGUCUCGCUGUGCGGAGAGCUUGUUAUGGAGUCCUUCGGUUUAUCAUGGAGUCUGGAGCAAAAGGUUGUGAGGUAGUUGUCAGUGGCAAGUUACGUGGACAAAGAGCAAAGUCGAUGAAAUUUGUUGAUGGAUUAAUGAUCCACUCUGGAGAACCUACUAAUGAAUAUGUCAAUACUGCAACUCGUCAUGUGCUUCUUCGACAAGGUGUACUUGGCAUCAAAGUAAAAAUCAUGCUCGCAUAUGAUCCUGAAGGUAAGACAGGUCCCAAAAAGCCUCUGCCAGAUUCUGUUUCCAUUGCUGAACCAAAAGAUGAAGUAUUUCCUUUACAACCAACAUCUGAAGUGAAAGUAUCUAAGGAUUUGCCGCAAACAAUACCACUUCCAGUGUAAUUUAUACAUAAAUGGAAAUAA